GGAUAUCGCCAACCACCAAUUGCGGACUUUGAGGCCAUGGCUCCUAGACAACUCUGUGGAUUUCGAGCAAAAGUUCUUCACGGAGACUCUCGCUCGCGGAGGAACUAUCCAUAGAACUAAGGAGUGGUUCAAGCGGUCCUGGAUCCAGUGGGAGUCAGUCAAGCGCUCUGUGAUUGGACCGCAGACAUCGGGUAAUGAAGUGUCUGGUUCGUCAGAUACGAAUUCAAAACAGCUCAGUAUUUCGUCCGCCGGUUUCUCGUCGAGCGACCCGGAGCAGAGCGGGUACGAGUCCAAGGCCUUGGUGGUGCCGGUGGUUUCAUCCUUUAAUGCCAAGAGACGGUCCAGCGUUGUCAGAGCCGACAUUGGAGAGAACAUCCUGGACGGUGUGGUGAACGAAGGUACGUACUGCGAUCUUUUUGGGCUGCAAGACUUCUGUUGUUUGUGAUUCUUGCUAACGUAACGAGGAUUUUUUUUUUUAUAGGUCUGCUCGAAAUGAUCCUGCGUCCGCAUGGAUCGACCAAUACGAUGCCGGAGACUUUCGAGUUGGACCAUUACCGGAUGUUGUCGUUUCAUAAUGAUUUUCAGGAUCUGACGAUUCUCUGCACGCUUUUGAUUUUAUUCCGUCAGCUCGCGCACAACUGUUGGACAACGCAGGAUUUGAUCGAAAUCAAGAAGGUUGUCUGGCUACUGUUGACGGACGAGAACGCGAAUUUCGGAGCAAACACCAAUCCAGGGCCAGGAGCUACGGCGGCUGCAGGCAAAGUGGAUGCUGAUGCCGCUUCAGGAAGCAGUAGCGGUAUGAAGGAUAUUGUUGUCCAAAUCGAGUUUGCGGCACGAAAGGUUCGGGAGAGGAGCAAGAACGGCUCUGCGGUGGCGGGAUCUUCAACUGUGACUGCAAGUGGAUCAUUGGGGGUGGGAGCGUUGAAUGCAGGCCAAAGACCCUCCCCUGCGUCCGAGACCUUGACUCCAAAGCCUGAUCCUCGUGGGGUAGAGGCGUCUGGAUCCAGAAGCGGUGACGUCAAGGAGAAUACAGCACCGACAGCGGCGCCGACUGUUCCUGCGAACGGAUUAUCGGCUUCGGACACGAACUUGCUUACGGCAUGGCUUGACAAUGCGCUGAGCAGGACGUCGACACUGUAUAUGUUGAUCCAGAAGCGGUUGUUGAUUCAUUUCCGGCGGUGGUUGUAUUUGCACUCGAGUUCAUCGAUGAUGGUGCUCUCGGCGUCGUGCGCGUCGUUGGCAUCGGCGAUGUCGAUGUCUUCGUCUUCAUCGAGUCCGGAGGAUAGUGGCAAGGCGGAUGAGGAUGAGGAGGGAGACGAGAGCUGCGGAGCGACUGCAGGAGCAGCAGCAGCAGCAGCAGCACUAGCAGUACGUAGCAAUGAUUCAACAGCCACUAGCAAGGAGAAGGCGGAGCAGGGUCAGGAUCAGGAUCGUCAGAACGGAAAUGGAAACGGCCCCAGCGAUCGUACUGAGGCGACAGCUACUUUAGCUGCACCGGCACCGGCACCGGCACCAGCACCAUCGCCGGCAUCUCCUCCAAUGUCGCCGGAGGAGGCGAACAAGGCAGCGGCAGAAGCGUUGGCAGCAAAGCUUAGUUUCAAUACGGCGGAGAUGGAGGCGCACGGAUUGACGGGACUGGAAGACGAGAUGGUUGCGCUGUUGGAGAAGAUUCGAUCGGUGUCCGAGUUCAAUAAGAAGGUGUAUGGAUUGUGGUACUGCGAGAUGAUCAAGCAAGGACGUGCGGAGAAUUGGCUGGAGAAAGACAGGGACACGGUUGAUGCGUUAUGAGUCUGAGGAGGACGGGGUUUAUGUGUACAGAGGGAAAAAGAAAAAAGAAAAAGAAAAAAAAAAAAAAGAAAAAAAAAAGGGUGUUUGUUCAUUUCUCGCUUUUUCUUUUGUGUGUGUGAGAGUGUGUGCGUGUUUUUACGAUAGACCUUUUGCACGCGUAUCCAGACCAUGCAUUGUUUAUUAUCUACUAUCAUUCUGUUUUCUGCCUUUUUGAUAUUUUUCUGCAACCAACAUAUCAUUGUACAAUACAAUAAAACACAAUACAAU